AUGCAUGCUGGAGACCUCGUGGUGGUGGUGUUGAGCCAAGCAGACAUCUAUCACUCCCGACUUGCCCAGGAACUAAGGGAUGACAUUCAAAAGCAAGCCUCCGCUAUCGGACAGAAAGCCCCAAAGGUCCGCCUAACACAUGAGGAGUUCCCACAUCCGGGUGCUUGGACAGUUGUACCCCUUCUGCCCAAGUUGUAUGAGAUGGAUGGAACAAACAGCUCAUGGAUCGUAUUCUGUGAGGAGCGUACGAGGUUCAAUCUACAACAGCUUGUCUCUGCCCUGUCACAACACGAUCACACUGAGGAAAUGUGGUUGGGCCAUGGGCUUCAUGACAGUGAGCCCACAAUCAUUCACCAUUUCGCAUUCACGCAGAGCCCCAACAGGUUCCUAUACCCCCUGCUACCAGCCGGCUUUGCCCUCUCGUCUGCCUUGCUGAAACGAUUGGGAAGUACUGCGGCUACAAUAAACAAGUCUGAUUUUUCUAUAGAUGCGAUGCACGAGUUGGCUGUUUUCGUCAGAACUGCGCUGCUGAGUCUGCCCUCUACAUUCUGUUCUGAGAACCGAUCUGGCUGUGCUGCUUAUCCGUUGCCUUUUCUCCCUUGUGGAGCUGCUGUGCCUAAUGAAAACAUAUUUUUUGCUGUAAAGACGUGCCUUACUCAUCACUCUGACAGAGUGCCUGUAGUGCAGAAGACGUGGGCUAAGGAUGCUUCCAACAUUGAAUUCUUCAGUGAUGUUCAAGAUGACUCCAUACCAACAACCGCUGUCGGUGUUGCUAACACGGUCAGAGGUCAUUGUGCCAAGACUCUAGCCAUUCUGAAACUGGCUGCAGAAAGAGUCCAACAGAUGCCCAACCUGCAGUGGCUCGUGCUGGUGGACGACGACACACUACUCAGUGUGUCCAGACUGCAGUCGCUGCUGAGCUGCUGGGCAGAGCAGGCUGUGGUGGUGGGGGAACGGUAUGGCUACAACGUACACUCUCCCCUGGGUUACAACUAUCCAACAGGAGGGGGAGGGAUGGCUAUCAGUGCGACACUUCUCCCGAAGUUGGUCUCGGACUGCCGGUGCCAGGCUGCAGACUCUCCAGAUGACAUGCACCUGGGGUUCUGUCUGGCGCGGCUCGCCGUGCCUCUCGUCCACUCUCCAUUCUUCCACCAGGCUAGACCAGUGGACUAUGCCCCAGGCUAUCUCGCCACUCAGUUGCCAGUCAGCUUCCAUAAACACUGGAUGUUGGAUCCAGUUGUCACCUACAACGAGUGGUUCAGCUCAGCCAAAGCUACCCAUCUGCAUCCAGAACUCUAGUGCCAAAAUGAUUAUUGUUAGCCUUAUUGUUAGUUAGUAUAUUAUACUUUUUUACACAAA